UGGACACCAUACAACUGGAUUGUUGAGCAAACGAAUAACUCCACGAACCCUAAUUGGAGAAGUUGUUCAAAAUUAUUUUUGUGUAAAAUCUCCUUUACAUGUGGGGAUUACACCUUUAAAAUGGACCUUUCAAACGUACUUCAGUAAGGACUGCAUUAUUCAGUUUUGAAUAUUUUAUUGGUAUUGAACAGAGGAAACACAACACACAAUAUACUGUCUGGAAACUAUGCAAAGGACUUAGAAUUUAAUUGAACGCAUUAUUAUAUUAAUAAAAUGCUAUCAGUAUUAGUAUUGUAUGGGCUAGUAGGGUCAAUAUUCAGUGCGCCUUACAAAACGGUUACACUCCACUCACGGAUAGGAACAAUCACCGGAAAGCAAGUAGAGACUUCAUUCUUAGAGAAGACUGGAAAAGUCAAUAUGUUCCUCGGUAUUCCCUACGCGGAACCUCCGGUGGGCGACCGUAUGUUCAAAAAACCUGUUCCAAAAGCAUAUAAACAUGGGCAUUUAAAUGCAACGGACUUUGGCCCGGCCUGUUCCCAACACCUGGUAGCCAUGAUGGGAUGGGUUCCCGGUUUUCCUGACGUGGGGGACGACUGUCUGACAAUAAACAUAUUCGUUCCAGCCGAGAACGGUACUGGUUCGGGUCAUGUUGAUAACUAUUCUCCGCACGCCGUAAUGGUGUAUAUCUAUGGUGGAGCGUACGUCAUUGGACAGUCUAAAAUAUACUCUGCUGAAAAUCUUACUCUAGUCGGAGACGCUGUUGUAGUGACAUUUAAUUACAGAGUCAGUGCCCUUGGAUUUCUAAGCACCGGAAGUAGCAAGUAUCCGGGAAACGCGGGUUUAUGGGACCAACAGCUUGCCCUACGAUGGGUGCACGAAAAUAUUGCAGAUUUUGGAGGCGAUCCACACCGUGUACUGGUCUUCGGGGAAUCCGCUGGAGGGGCGAGUGCAAUUUUACAAGCGCUGUAUCCGGGAAACAGCGGUUAUUUCCAGAGAAUAGCGGCCUCAAGCGGAAGUCCGUUGUGUCCAUGGGCAUUCCAGCCGAAACCACAGGUAUUUGCUAAAAGACUGGCGGAAAAUUUCGGCUGCACGCAGCCGGAUCUCGACGCCGCUGUGGAUUGCUUACAACGGCUGUCACCCCAGACUAUCGCCAAUAGCUCGAUCAUUGGUACUCCAGAGGAGACGGCUUUCAGGGCCGAGUGGGACGUUGUAUACGAUGGAGACUUCGUCCAAAAGCCACAGAAGGACCUAUUCAACAUGGAUUCCUCGUUGGAUACGUUCCGAAACGUAGACCUUUUGAUCGGAUUCAAUAACAAUGACGGUGCGUUUAUAUCGCUUUUAUCAUUGCAACCAUUUUUAACGAAACAACAGAACAUGACCUUUGAGGAUGGCAUUCCAUACGAUUUCUUCAGAAACACCUACGUGCCGAUGUUUUCGCGUGACCUCUACGGAAACAGCAGCGCCUAUAUGGAUAAAUGGAUACUGCACGAAUACACGGACUGGUCCAACAAAACUGACCCGCUUCUGACGCGGGAGAAAUUUAUGGAGCUUGCGAGCGACUUUGAGUUCUUUGUUCCGGCCCUUGUAGCCUUACGGUCGCACGCAACAGCCCCUGUCCGUUCCAAGGCCUUUCUGUACGAGUUCUCUCUAAAAGCAACCUUCAACUCGGCGCCAUCUUGGAUCGAAGGCGCAAUGCACGGGGACGACCUGCCGUUUGUGUUCGGGUUUCCGUGGACAAUGUCGGAGGGCAUGAAGUUCCGGAACCACGUGCCUGACUGGGAAAAGCGAUACGCACGCAACAUGAUGGUCAUGUGGAGCAACUUCGCCAAGACCGGAGAUCCCAACCUUCCUGUGCCCCUUGCAGACAACCUAUACUGGCCGCAGUAUGACCUUGACUCACGCAUGUAUCUUCAGCUCGGUCGGGAGCCCAGCGUAUCGCGGGAUGUACACGGACAGAGGGCAAACUUCUGGCUAAACCUGGAGCCCUCUCUCCGACCAACCAGCUCUGGCCAAAUAAUCGGAUAAAACUAUUUUUUAAAUAAAUGAACAUCGCUCUAGGAAAACGGGUUUAAUGCAUGUGCGUAAAGUGUCGACCCAGAUAUUGCUAUGCGAACUGCGGGGACGACACGAUCCGCCUAUACUGGAUGUUCGUUUAGAUAACACUUCCUUUAAAAAAAAUCAGAGCGGAAAGUGUCGUCCCCUAUAAGCUUGUAUGGACUGCACAGGCUAAUCUGGGACGACACUUCAUGCAAAUGCAUAAGCCCCUUUUUUACAGAGCGCGGCUCAAAACUA